CGUGGAGCUCCACUUUGCAGCCAGACUUCCUUCUUCGCAGCUGAGAUCCCGGAAGUGGAGGUGACAGGGAGAAGAGAGAGAAGCAAUCAUGAAUGUGGUGCUGGCAGUGAAGCAAUAUGUGUCUAAGAUGAUAGAGGACAGCGGGCCUGGGAUGAAGGUGCUGCUCAUGGACAAGGAGACGACCAGCUUUGUCAGCAUGGUGUACACACAGUCGGAGAUUCUGCAGAAAGAAGUCUACCUGUUUGAGCGGAUCGAUUCCACCCAUCGGGAGAGCAUGAAGCACCUGAAAGCCCUCUGUUUCCUGAGACCCACCAAGGAAAACGUUGAGUAUUUGAUCAAGGAGCUUCGCAGACCCAAGUACAGCGUCUACUUCCUCUACUUCAGCAAUGUGAUCAGCAAGAGUGAUGUGAAGUCCCUCGCGGAGGCCGAUGAGCAGGAGGUGGUGGCUGAAGUCCAGGAGUUUUAUGGAGAUUACAUAGCUGUGAACCCCCAUGUGUUCUCAUUAAACAUUGUGGGGUGUUACCAGGGUCGGAAUUGGGAUCCGUUCCAACUGUCCAGAGCAACACAAGGCCUUACCGCCCUGCUCCUCUCCCUGAAAAAAUGCCCCAUGAUCCGGUACCAACUCUCCUCAGACAUGGCUAAAAGGCUGGCCGAGGGUGUAAAGCAAGUCAUUACAAAGGAGUAUGAGCUGUUUGACUUCCGUCGUACUGAAGUGCCGCCCUUGCUCCUCAUCCUGGAUCGUACCGAUGAUGCCAUCUCACCCCUGCUUAACCAGUGGACGUACCAAGCCAUGGUCCAUGAAUUGCUGGGCAUCAAUAACAAUCGCAUAGACCUGUCACGUGUACCAGGGAUCAGUAAGGAUCUGAAGGAGGUCGUCCUGUCUGCGGAGAACGAUGAAUUCUACGCUAAUAACAUGUAUCUGAAUUUUGGAGAAAUUGGGACCAAUAUUAAAAAUCUGAUGGAAGAUUUUCAGAAGAAAAAGCCUAAAGAGCAACAGAAACUGGAAUCCAUUGCAGACAUGAAGGCGUUCGUAGAAAAUUACCCGCAGUUCAAGAAAAUGUCCGGAACGGUGUCCAAGCACGUUACGGUGGUGGGGGAGCUGUCACGGCUGGUCAGUGAGCGCCAUCUAAUGGAAGUCUCUGAGGUGGAGCAAGAAUUGGCCUGUCAGAAUGACCACUCCAGUGCCCUACAGAACAUUAAACGUCUGCUUCAGAACCAGCGCCUAGCAGAGUUGGACGCCGUCCGUCUGGUGAUGCUCUACGCUUUGCAUUACGAGCGACACAGCAACAGUGCCCUGCAGAGUUUGCAGGCUGACCUCCGCAGCCGCGGCGUGCCUGAGAAGUACCGCAGGCUGGUGUCUGCGGUGUUGGAGUUCGGCGGGAAGCGGGUCAGAGACAGCGACCUCUUCAGCCCGAAAGAUGCGGUGGCCAUUACCAAACAGUUCUUCAAGGGACUCAAGGGGGUGGAGAAUGUUUACACCCAACACCAUCCGCUCCUCCUGGAAACCCUGGACAAGCUGAUCAAAGGGAAACUAAAAGACAACCUGUACCCUUAUGUGGGGCCCAGCACUCUGAGAGACAGGCCUCAGGAUAUUAUUGUGUUCAUUGUGGGCGGAGCUACCUACGAAGAGGCUUUAACCGUCUACAACCUGAAUCGGACAACUCCGGGUGUGCGCAUCAUCCUGGGUGGCACCGCCAUUCAUAACACUAAGAGUUUUCUGGAAGAAGUCCAAUCAGCCGGUUUUCACAGCCGCCACCAUACAUAAAACUUCUCAGGCUCCAGAAUUUCCCGAACCAGGCGAUGGUGAUGAUGAAACUCGGCUCUUCACAUCUGGCUCUGACAUCUGGCUCUGUCCAUUCCUCACUUCUGGCUCUGUCCAUUCCUCUUUCCGUUGGGGGGGGGGGGGGGUCCGUCUGUCCUGCUGUGUGCAAAGGAGAUCCUCAUCCAUUAAGACAUUAUGUUUACAAUGUUUAACCUUUCGUCAUGUCCAGAGUUCUAAUAGUCUGUCCUGCUGUGAGAAGAAGAAUGGAGUCCGUUCUUCCUUCAUCACACUGUUGAGGAACACUAAGGUGGGGGUGCAAUAAAACGUUGAAGAUCCAACGGUGACCAUUGACCUAAUAGGGGCGUCCCAAGAUCUGACCAGCGAGGGGCACAUAAACAUGUACACUUCGCUGGGGUGGAGCACACGUGUGGCCAGGAGGAGAGAGGAUGAGAAGACACCCCUGUCUGACGUUGGGGAAAUUUUUCUUUUCAUUUCCUUUCCAAAAUGCUCAACAGGAAGUAAAAUUUCUCCAAAGUGAAGGAAGUCCCCUCGUUGGUGAUUGGCCCCCUUUUUUUUGGAAGGUUUCCUUUCUAAUCCUUUUUUGGUGACAAAUGUGGGAUUUCCACUCAAAUUCUGUCCUGGAUGACGAUGAUUGUAGAACAUCUAAAAGGGUGGAUCCCGCUAUUGGGGGACACAGACAACAAUUCAAACCUGACAGGGGUUCUAACCCUUCUCUAUUACACAACUUGCGUAGAUCUAAACUUUAGCUGGUUGAUCUUCACUUUGAAUUUUGACCGAUUUUUUUUUUUUCUGCUGGAUUGGCCAAAACCAAGAUGUGGAUGACCGUGUCCGCACCACCCGGGCUGACCAAAGUCAUCCUCCAGGACGGUCACAUGAGGGAGAGUCCUGGAUGCAUCCAGAAAAGCGUUAAAAUGCGCAUUGCGCAUCCGGAACAGAUCUGGUGUGCGUUUUUGUGGUGUGAAGCAGCCCUAAUGCCACGAUAUUCAGACCUUGCGGGAAUGCCCCCAUUCUUUCUUCCCAGUGCUGCACUUUUUUUUUUUU